CGCAGCAUUGAAGAUGGCAACUGCCGACCAACACUGCCUGGGUAUCCGGGGAAAAUUAAGGAUCUGGAUAAAGAAUCCCAACUUUCGAAUACCAGCACGCCACAUUCGCAGAUAAGUGUGAUAACGACCCCAUAGUACGGAGUAUCCCAUUCACGACAACCGCCACGUACGACCAUGCAGGCGAGAUAGAACUAUUGACUACCUAAUGCACAAGCCAAAUCCCUCAUCCCGCUCGGCGGUAAAUCCACAGGCCAUGUGGAAUCGAGGAAGGACCCGAGUGCUCCGACGCAAGGCCAUCAAUUUUCGUCACGUCUGUCGGCUAAGAGUCCCACACGGUGGGAGACAUGCUCGUGAAUCCUCCCAUGACAGCAAGCACACAUGGCACAAUCCCGUCCAAUCCAGCCCAGAGCCAUAUCACACUCAUCGACAGCCUUAGGCGGGGUAAUGGAACUAUGACCACGCCAUUCUGGAAGCCCACCUCUCACAAAUGGGAGGUUAGCGCUGUGCAGCUGCAGGAAAUCAAUAGUUCC